AUGUCAGAGACAACUGAGAGCUAUAACGAGGCUUUAAAAUUCUGCGCACAUCCGGAGACGUCAAACAAGAAGUUAUUUUCGACAUUCGCUCGGACCCGACCCCCAGACACACAGAUAUCCAAAUCAGUGGCGUCUGUGUUGUUGACGUUUAAGUGGCAUAAAGUGGUUCUCUUGUACUCCAAGAGCUCAGACCGAGACUUCUCAGCAGUCGCGCGAACCAUACAAAACACAUUACAAAUACAUAACAUCGAUGUGACGCGAGUGAGCACUUGGAGCGAUACCUUUCACUACGGAUACACUGAAAACCCAUUUCAAAGGAUUGUUGAACAGACUUAUCAGACAACAAGAAGACUACUGAACGAUGACUUUGAAAUCAUAGAAUUGGCUGAAAAGUCAUUUCAGUCAUACAUAGGAGUAGUGCCGACGCCUCCCAUUGAAUUUGAGAAGUUCUCGUUUAAAGUGAACCAGUUCAUGCAAUUGCCACCUUUCAACUUCCCUAACCCCACGUGGGAAUGGGGAGGGCUUAAGAGAGUUCCGGCAGAAGGGGCUUAUCUAUACGAUGCCGUCUAUGUGUACGCCAGAGCUCUUAACGACACCCUCAAAAAUAAUGGAAAUCCUUUUGAUGGAAAACUCAUCUUUAAAUAUAUAAAGAAUAGAGAAUAUAGAAGCGCGAUGGGAUAUAUGGUUCAUAUGAACGAAAAUGGAGACGCGGAGGGAAAUUACACUUUAAUUGCCCGAAAGAAUGCCAAAAUGGAAAGCCUCCAUCAGCUGAACCAGUUUGUGGAUUUGAUGGACAGAGUUGUCCGAAAACCCUGUGGAGGUGGGCACUGA